GACCAUGAUGCCAUCUGCGUGAAGCGCGUCUUAGCUGCGCUGCGGGAAGACGAGGAUUUCACCGAUGUUUCUUUCGUUCACCACGAGACGACAGCCGGUGUUCUCAACCCUCUCUACGAGCUUGUCAAGAACAUCAAGGCAGAGUUUCCCAAAAUGAGAGUUCUUGUCGACUCCAUGAGCGGUUUUGGUGCUUACCCCUUGGAUAUGUCUUGGGGCAUCGACUUCGCUGUAAGCUCCGCGAACAAAUGCAUCGAGGGCGUUCCUGGAUUUGGCUAUGUGCUCUGCAGCAGGGAGGCCUUGCAGCAAACCAAGGGCAAUGCACGAAGCUUGUCCCUGGACAUCUACGAGCAAUGGGCUUUCAUGGAGUCCACAAAGCAGUUCCGCUACACUCCGCCCACGCAUGCGAUAUUGGCAUUCCAGCAGGCCCUGCGCGAGUUCCUGCAAGAGGGGGCCAGAGAGCAGCGAGCAGCACGAUAUCAGGCGAACUACGAGGUAAUGGAGCGCGGCAUGGAAGAAAUGGGCUUUGAGUUCUACGUGCCGAAGGCACACCGAUCGUACUGCAUUUGUACAUUCAAGACACCUUCCCAUCCGAACUUCGACUUUCAAACCUUCUACAACCUGCUGGCGGAGCAGGGGUUCGUUAUCUACCCUGGCAAGCUUUCGAAGGGCAACUCCUUCCGAAUAGGCAUCAUUGGUCGCCUCUUUCCAAAGGAUUGCGAACAGCUUGUACUGGCUGUUCGAAGGAGUGCUGGAGCGAUGGCUCCAACACCAGCAUUGGGAACUCCGGAUGCAGAGAAAUUGUCAAGAUCUAUUGAAUACCAGCGCAGCAUGCUGCGUUUGUUCUCCGCGAAAGCUGGCAGCAGAGCUUCUGCAGAGGCCGAUGUGCAGAUACUCUUUUCCAAGGUUCACGUGAAGGCCAUGGGCAGUGCAUGCCCGUAUGCUUCGGUGAAGGGACUGGUGUGCGACCAGUUGCGCGUGGGAGCAUUUGACAGCGGCGCGAUGCCAAGCACAGAGGGCUCGCGGCUCCUGCUCCACGUCGCGGGUCUUGGCUUCAAGUGUUCCGGCCAGGUGGACUACGACACGUCCCUGGGCCUCAAGGGCCAGGCCUCCGCCUUGUUGGCGACGGAGCAAGCGAGUGCUGACCUGACCGUGUUCGUGCCGCCCUGGCCUCUGCGCAGCAGCCGGGCAAUAGAUGCUCGCUUGGGCGGCUGCGACAGUACUUUGAAUCUGAAGCUGCAGAUCACAUCUGGGACCUUCUGGACCAAGUUCGCGCAGUUCCUGCCAGGUGUCAUUGAGAAGCUGCAGAGUCUUGUCAAUGAGAAGCUGUCGGAAUACCUCUGUGGCGAUGCGCUGGCUGAUGCGCAAAAUUCGUUGACCGACUUCUUGACAAGGACAUUGGAGGAGUCAAGAUUAGCGAACUCCUCGCACGAUGCUCCCUGGCCGCGUGAGAACUGGGUGGAUUGGACAAACCAUCCCCUGACGCAUGGUAUCGCCGGACUACAGGAGCAGUUCCUGCAGCCGAACGAGGUGUACAACAAGAUCAUUGGCAAUCGGUGCAUCGUUGGGGAAGGGCCCACCUGCUACGAGCUCCCAGUGUGCCUUGUGGGCAAUGCGAGCGACUGUACCGUGGAGACGAAUGCUUCCACAGCUUUGACUGCCAGUCUUUUCGAGACUGUUUGGAACUCGAGCGAUUUCGAGGUGACGCCGCUCUUGGCACGCAAUGCCUCGUUAGCUGCGAAUAUUUCGGUGCCCGAGUUCAUUGUCCGACCUGUCUUCAACGUUUCCUUGACAGGCUCAAGCGGUGCCGGCUCAGAAAACUCCACUGGGUCUUUCUCCGAGCUCUUCCGCAUGAACCUGAGCCUGCGCGACGUCAAACUUGGAGCCAACGUCACUGCCGGCGUGGAUGCAUUGAAAUACAGCAAAGUGCCUGGCCCACAGUUGUACUCGACGGCAUGCUUGGGCCCGUGCAUGGAAGACGUGCAGCUGACCCGUUUAAUUUCGGAGUUCCAGCUCCAGCAGAUCUCUGUGGGCUCCUUCUCCAAUGAGUCACGGCCCACCUUGCUUUUGGCUCUCCUUCACAGCGCUUCGUUAUUGCUUGAGCCACCUGCGGGCACGGCCAACUUCACGCAGGAGGUGGUCCAAGGACUCCUCCAGAACCAUAUGGCCGGAGUUUGGAACGAAAGCCUCACGGACUGGAUGCACGGGCUGCAGACGCAGGUCUGUCCCGUGCCUCGUGGACAGGAGGUCUACCAGUACACAGGCCGGCGGCUCAUCCUGCCAGAGUUUGGGAAGAGAUGUUGCUGGGUUGCCCUUUUUACAGCUUUGGCUGCCGUGCCACUUGCUGUCUGGUGCAACUAUCGAAGGCCGUGCCGGUUCUGGUACGCAGAUGCCCUGUGCGAGUCCACCUGCGUUCCACGGGGACUGGCGGUGCUUCUGCCCUUGGCGAUUGUUGCAUGCCUGUUCUUCCUGCUGGGGUCGAACUACCUGCUCAUGGCCCAGACCUUUGUGAAUCUGGAGGAGGCCCCAAGCUACAUAUGGAAUGCCUAUGCAGUCAUGGUGUAUUCUUUGUUCUACUCUAUCAAUGCGCUGUACUACGAAAGUGAUCUCCAAGCAAUGUCUUGGGUAUUGCUAUGCUUCUCCGCGAUCUUGCCGUAUGUCAAGCUAAUCCUGAUGAUGGUGAGCUGGAUCAUGCCUUCAAGAUUUCUUCCGUUGCGGCUGCGCAACUUCAUUCUUGUGUUGAUGGACGACAUCGGAAAGUUCUCGCUGGUGGAUGUCUUUACCGUCCAAUUUCUCAGUGGAGUUUUUCAUCUAGAGAUUGCCGGCACAUCUCCAAAGCCGGGCUCGGAUCCAAUGCGGAUGGUCCUGAGAACCAACGAGGAGCUAGGCUUCGCAGCCUUUGUUUGCGCAACUGUGGUCUCCCUGAUCAUCGGCCAUCUCUGCAGGCACUACCACGAGAAAAGUGUGGCCUACGAGCUGUCUGAGUGCAGCGCUGCGGACGUGGAGUUGCAAUCGCAGGUGGCCACGUUUGAUCAUCCGCUGUCAGGGCCUCCUGCUACCGCAAACUCCUCCAGAUUCAGCUGGCAAGAAGUGAUCGUGGGGCCAUCGCUUUUGGUUGCCUUCGUCUUGACAGUGGCAGGCUGCUCCAUGACGGCCUUCUCCGUUCACCUGCGCUGCAUCUUUGGUCCCUUGGGCCAGUCCCACUUUUCCCUGUUCCAGUUCGCCUACGGUAUCCCAAGCUUCUCAGAACAUCCGCUUGCAUGGCCGACCCUUUUCAACCAGUUCACCUUCAUCCUCUUUGCGAUUGGCGUGAACUUUUUACAGCUGAUUCUACUCUUGCUGCUCUGGUACUGGAGGGUACCGAAGCUGAAGCACAUCGACUGGAGGGCAGUGGCGCACUGCUUGGGUGCCUGGUCCGCCUUGGAUGUGGCCUUGAUCAGUAUGAUCAUUACCAUGCUGGAGUUGGGAGCAUCGGACUUCGUCCACCUUUGGAACAGUGACAAGCGGCAUCUGAGUCGAAGGUUUGGCAUCGACAUUCGUGGGCCUGAGAAGGGCCUGACCGUCGACGUCGUUCUGAGCUCUGGUACAUAUCUGCUUUUUGUUGCAGUGCUGCUGCAGGCCUGGGCCUCGCGAGCAGCCCUCCACUUCUUGGACAAGAGGAGUCCCAAUGCCAUGCAGCGUGGGCGCGAGCGAUUGUUGGUGCAGUGA